CUUCUUUUCACUCGGUACUCAUCCGGUUGUGCAAGCACAGCUCCAUCCUCCCACCGCCCUGCGAGGAGGAAGGAGUAGCCCCUGCUGCCGAGGUGCUUCUAGCGCUCUGCCAGCGCGACAGAGCUGGCGUUCCCAAGGCUGGCUUGCUGCAGCUGAGGAGACAACAUUCAGAGACCUUCUUUGAUUAGGAUGUGUCACUGUUGUCAGGGCAACUGUGAACAGCAGCGUAUCAUAUUUUCUCCUCUUGUGUGGCGUGCUGAAUAUUUUACUGUGCUGUAGCUGGAAGAGGGUUGCAGGGAGAAAGGUGCUGCGCAAGGAACCUGGAGCUGUGGGCUGGGAUCUGACUGAGCAGGUUAAGACAGCGACGAGCGGCAUCUGAACCAAUGUGCCUUUAAUCAGGGCUUUUCUUGGUGGGGGAAAACGGCAGGCUCUCCGCUGCCAAGUGGAUGUUGAUAUUUGUCAGCUGUUUGCAUACUGCUUAUCCAUAGGGGAUCUAUUACAAGUGCUCAAAUGAACAGGCAGUGUUUCAGCUAGCUGCUAAGCAGCGGCUGCAGUUUCUCACUUUUUUUUCCUCUUUGAAAUAAGCAAGAGGGAACAGCAACAUGCCUGGUUCAACUGCUGCCCUCCAUCAGGAGAGACUGAAGAAGACAAGUGCCAGGCCAAAUCCCCUGGGUUUAUUCACCAUUAACGAAGAAGAUGAGCUGCAAAAGAAUGGGAAUCCCAGAAGGCUGAAAGCAUCUGAAGGUUCUAAAAUACAAGACAAGAAAGUCACUUCAGGACAAAGCAGUAACAAUGCUGGAGCUAAACCAGAUCAUCCACCAAUACUAAAGGUUGAUGACAGACAACGGCUUGCUAAGGAACGGAGAGAAAAACGAGAAAAGCAAUUAGCUGCAAGAGAAUCCAUUUGGUUAGAAAGAGAAGAGAGAGCACGGCAGCAUUAUGAAAAACACCUAGAGGAACGCAAAAAGAAACUAGAAGAGCAGAGAUUAAAGGAAGAGAGAAGGCGAGCUGCUGUAGAGGAAAAGCGAAGGCAGAGAAUAGAAGAAGAUAAGGAACGACAUGAAGCUGUUGUACGUCGCACAAUUGAAAGAAGCCAGAAGCCAAAACAAAAGCAAAACAGGUGGUCCUGGGGAGGAGCGCUACAUAGCAGCAUUAAUAACACAGGUUAUUUUUUUGAAUCAUCAUUCACCUUUCUCGAUUUAGCAGGCCUGGAGCACCACUUCAGAUCUCUGGGUGGUGCUAGAAAACCUGAUCCAGACAGGCGGUCUGUUUCAACAAUGAACCUUUCGAAAAAUGUUGAUCCAGUCAUUAACAAGCGGCUCUCCUCCUCAUCUGCAACAUUACUAAAUUCUCCAGACAGAGCUCGCCGUCUACAGCUCAGUCCAUGGGAGAGCAGCAUUGUUAGCAGGCUCCUGACGCCCACUCACUCCUUCCUGGCCCGAAGUAAAAGCACAGCUGCAUUGUCUGGAGAUGCAGUUAUCCCCAUUUGUCCCCGUUCAGCAUCUUGCAGCCCCAUCAGCCCUCUGUCCUACAAGGCCAUGAACUGUAGGAAUCCAGUAGAUCGAGCAAAACUUUUUGCCUCUACUCCUGAUGCUGUUGGACGUAAGAGGACAGCGCAUCUUGCAGGGACUGACAAAAAAGAAAAGGAGAGAGACCAUUUGUCAUCCAGCUUCUCAGCCAGCUUUAAAGGAGGUCAUUUUUCUUCCAACCCCAAAGCUAGAUCACCAGCUCCCUCUCCAGUUUGGCACGCAUCAAAGUCUUUGCCUUUUUUGCCUGGCACACCCAAGCAGAUAACUUCCCCACCUGGUUCUUCUAAAGCUUCCUCGGCUCAGGCACGUCCUCCCUCUCCUGGCAAUAUCCGGCCAGUCAAAAAAGAGGUCAGACCAGAGAGUGAGAAUAAAGAACCGGAAAAGGAGCCUGAAAAGGCCAGUGAGGAGGAGACGGAAGAGAGUAAAGAAACUUCAGCAGGCUCUGGAGAAUCUGCAAGUCGGGAAGAGCUCAGUGUCCAGGCAGAGCUCGCUCAAGCCACCCCAUCCUCGCCUCCUGCUCCACUAGCUGUUUCUCCACCCCCAGCCCCCAUGAAGACCUCUGCAGGUACAACUGAUCCUGAGGAGGCAACAAGGCUGCUGACUGAAAAGAGGCGCCUGGCUCGGGAGCAGCGGGAACGGGAGGAGCAAGAAAGGAGGGAGAGAGAAGAGCUUGAAAGGCAAAAGAAGGAAGAAUUGUCCCAAAGGAUAGCUGAAGAAAGAGCCCGCCGAGAAGAGGAAGAAGCUCGCAGGCAGGAAGCAGAAAGAAAACGAAGGGAGGCAGAGGAGGAGCGGGAAAAGGAGGAACGGCUACGUCGACAGGCAGAAGAGAGAGAACAGAAGGAGAGAGAAGAGAUGGAGCGCGUUCAGAAACAAAAAGAAGAGGAAGCUCGCCUACGGGAAGAGGCAGAGCGGAUUCGAUUAGAACGUGAAAAACAUUUUCAAAGAGAAGAGCAAGAGCGCUUAGAAAGGAAGAAGAGGCUUGAGGAGAUCAUGAAGAGAACUAGGCGUGUAGAAGCUGUAGAUAAGAAACCUAAUGACCAGCAAAAUGGACAUAUAUCAAAGGCAGAUACUACUGGAGAAACAGUCGUAACAACUCCUGCAUCUCCCUUGGAACCCACAGCAGGACUUCAGCAUGCAACGUCAUCUCCACACAAUGGGAAACCUGUAACCUGUACGCAUGUAAUUGUUUCACAUCCAACCCCCAUAAAUAUGGACAGCAAUCUCAAUCCAGAGAAAAAUACAAAUGAAAAUGGAAUGUCUAUGCAGAAUGACAACUUUGAAGAGAUCAUAAACCUACCUAUUGGAUCUAAACCAUCCCGGCUGGAUGCCAUGAACAAUGAUGGAAGCAAUAGUCCUGAAAUUCCUUUGAAUCCAAUUUUAGCCUUUGAAGAUAAGGGGACGCUGUUGCCUCAGGUAGAUAGUGUUCAAACGCAUCAAAUAGCAGAAGUGAUCUGAUUGUUUCUUCUGAAGAACCAAAGGUGAUAAAAGCAUCUCUGCAGUCAGUGGAGUUUCUUCCAUGCUAUGAAGGAGUGUUUUAUUUUUUUCUCUCCAGUUUUUUAAAAAUUUCUUGGAUAUCUUUUUUUGGAAGGACUUUAGUAAAACCAGCAGAAGAAAUGAUGGGAAUAGACUUGGAUCACCUUUCUAAUAGUUUUCAUCACUAGAAAAAUCAUGCUUCACAUGCAUUACUUAAAAUGGCUUUUUCCAACAAGCUUUUUCUGUUAGUAAAUGGAUAUUUUCUGCAUUCCUUAAGACACAAAACACUAGAAUCUGAAAGCAAUGAUGACUGGGGUGGUGGGACUGAUUCUUUUUUUAAAAGAUAGGUGUUGGUUUAAAAGGCAUAAUUGUAAAAUUGGCAAAGAAUCUUUUUCACUUUAUGGCUCUAAUACUUGAAAAAUAAAUACCUCAUUGCUCUACAAGUAGAGUUAAUGGGGUGUUUUAUUUAAACCUGUUGGUUUAAAUAUUAUUGCGGAGAACUCUAAUUAUGGGGGCAAAGUAUAGGCUUCUGUAUCAGGUUCUUGUAAAUGUAAUUCCUACAGGGACAUUCUGUAAAUUGAGACGUCACUAUGAUCUUGCAUUUUCUCUAAAAACACAAAACAAGGCAGGUUUUAAAAUGUGAAAAUUUGAAAGCGUUAUUUUUUCAUGGACAAGAGGAAAACCUAUUGUUCUCCUAGAUGAUGUAUUUAUGAAUUUUGUUCAGUACAAAAAUCAUUUAAUUGAAUAAAUCAGAAAAAUGUGGUAAAAUGAUACUGCAAACUUGAUUUUUUUUUGUUACAUUCAUGUUCACGAUACUAUAAAAGAUAUGUAUGCGUGUGCACAUAUGUGCACGUACACACAGGAAAAUAUCCUGUUGCUUUGAGUCCUGUAAAUUGCUGCUGUUCCCAACGAUAGAGGACUUUGCCUUUGCCUUACCAGACUAUGAAGACUGUGUGAAACCUGAAAUAUUUGAUUUUUGGAUGAGAAAGCAGAUUUGUUUUGGAAUUAUUUUGGUUUUGCUCGUUUCAGAGCAAAUGGAAAAUGGUCAGUGUUUGUGCUUUUUAUGUAGUGUGUGAUUUUUAUAACGCAGUACAGUUUGAGUGGUAAGAGGAGCAAUGCGGGUUUUUUCCCUUUCAUUUGUUGAUGCUGAUUUCUGCUAUCAUUUUUCCAUCGCUGUCAUUUUUGUUGCUAUUGGGCAUAACUGUAAAAUCUUGCACCUUUUUAUGCUUUGAUAAAUGAUGCUGUUACAGUAGAUCUCACUAGGUAUUUAUUUUUGAAUCACCAGCCAGGGCUUGAUACACUGCUCGCUGAGUCAGUGAGUAGAUCCUUGGCUAGUGGGAACCGAGGUUUAUGUGGUUUCAGUCUUUGCUAGCUGAGAAAGUACCCAUUAAGAUUUCUGUGCUUGCCUUUGAGCACGGAGCGAGGCCCAUAACAGGCAGCGCAGAAAUUCUGUGAGAGUAGAACUCCCCUGAGAUAAGAACCGAAGAAUUCUUGAAGAAAUGACUUUCUGGCUGCUGCGAAGUGCCCACCUUAUAAAGGAGAUAGGAUAAAACCGAUGGAAAUGCCAUGAGAAGAUGCUUCAUCUGCCCGAAUAUAUGGAAAGGAAAAAAAGCCAUUCAGUCAGAGUGCUUUAGUAGUAGUCUGUGACACAGUAAAAAUUAAUUGGGUCCCUUUCUCACUUUCUUUAGUUCUCUAUGUACAUAGCCACAAUAUUUUAAAAUGUCCAAAAUAUGUAGUUUUUCUUUAAGACUAUAUAGCAUGUAAGUACCAAAUAAAACUUUCUUGAAAUAUUUA